CGUACAUUCUCGGAAACAAAAUGGAGUCUGACAGGUUGGCCGAUGAAAAAAUAAAAAGGAAAUUUUAAAUACUCCGAUAAUAAAGGGAAAAGGCCAAAUUUAAUGUAAACAUGCUGACUGUACAGCAGGAUGGCCAAUAAUCGACUGGAUAUUAAUGCCGCUACUGUAGAUGAUUUUGAACAACUGAUUGGUAUAGGCAGAAAUAAAGCAGAGGCUAUUGUAAAGCAUAGAAAAAGUGUUGGUGGUUUCCAGAGUGUAAGUGAUCUUUGUACUGUACCAAGUGUGGGUCGGAGUGUCCUUGACCUUAAUAGGCGACAAAUUUGCUGUAAGAUAACUGGUCGGACUGGCAGGGUUAGAAGAUUACAGCUUGAUUGUUCAGGUAGUUCUACAGAACAAGGUUCGUCAAGGGCAAUUCGAGCUGUACUGCGUAAUAGAGCUGAACCACGGACACCUAAAUCAAUAUCCCCACAAAAGAAAUGUAAAUCAGGAAUUGGAAAUAAAAGGAUCUCUGUAGAUAAACAAACUGAUAGUGAAAAUAAAGAUACAACAAAGGAUAAGUUAAAAUCUCCAGCUGUAGUUAGUAAUGAUGACCAAGCUUCUACUUCUAAAGACUCUGCCUCAAAUACUAGUAGUACAUUUGGACAAGUUUCCAAGUCAUUCCUAACACCAGGGCCGUCAGCUGACAGUAUAUUACAGGAAAAUGAGGACAAUGCCGAGGAGGAGGACGACGACAAUGAAGAUUCAGAAAGUAUUCAAGAUGAGAUAAAUGAUGCCAGUGAUAUUGAAGAUAUUGACCCUGAACUAGACGAAGAUGACAGUCAUGAAAAUAUGUCAGAUGUUUCCGACACAGUUUAUAGCCUGUCAAGUCAAAGGUCGCGGAUACCUGUGCCAAUAUCUGGUUCAUUGACAUCCCAUAAUCUUAUGAAGAGAAAGAGCAAUUUACACAGAGAAGAUUUGUUGUUACCAAACAGCAAGAGGAUGUGCCGUAUAGAAUAUUCUAGUCCACAGACCACAUACAGUAAUUUAAAAGCUCCUAUGAAGAACUGCGUGUACCAGCUUCAUCGGCAGAGGAUUCCCUCAAAGGAGCACCCACCUUCAGGCCUAGCAGAAUGGCUCAAACAGUUUCAGGAAUGGGGUAACGCUGAGAGAUUAAUGGCUGUAGAUGAGCUGAUUACGUUAUGUGAGCCGACACAGGUUCGUCACAUGAUGCAGGUGAUAGAGCCACAAUUUCAACGAGAUUUUAUAUCACUCCUUCCAAAGGAGCUUGCAUUAUAUGUUUUAUCAUUCCUGGAACCAAAAGAUCUGUUACAAGCAGCUCAGACUUGUCGUUACUGGCGAGUUCUAGCCGAGGACAAUUUAUUAUGGAGAGAGAAAUGUAAGGAGGAGAAUAUAGAUGAGUCAUUAGUGUUUGGAUCCAACCGGUUACGUAGACGUCAACCUUCACCUAAAAGUCCCUGGAAAUCAUUGUACAUGAGACAGCAUCAAAUAGAACAGAAUUGGAGAACUGGUCCUCUUAGGUCUCCUAAGUUAUUAAAAGGUCAUGAUGAUCAUGUGAUUACAUGUUUAGAAUUUUGUGGUACCCGUGUUGUUAGUGGCUCAGAUGAUAAUACUUUAAAAGUAUGGUCAGCUUUAACUGGCAAGUGUUUACGUACGUUAGUAGGUCAUACAGGUGGGGUGUGGUCAUCUCAGAUGCAGGGUAAUGUAAUUAUAAGUGGCUCCACUGACAGAACAUUGAAAGUAUGGAAUGCAGAUACUGGCCAGUGUAUGCAUACAUUAUAUGGUCACACCUCUACUGUAAGAUGUAUGCAUCUCUGUGGCAGCAAAGUUGUAAGUGGAUCUAGAGAUGCUACACUGAGAGUAUGGAAUGUUGAUACAGGUACAUGUUUACAUGUGUUGAUGGGGCACGUGGCUGCCGUGCGCUGUGUACAGUAUGAUGGUCGCCGUGUUGUGAGUGGAGCAUAUGACUAUAUGGUUAAAGUAUGGGACCCGGAGUCAGAAACUUGCUUACAUACACUACAAGGACAUACAAAUAGAGUCUAUUCUCUACAGUUUGAUGGUGUACACAUAGUGAGUGGCUCACUGGACACAUCAAUUCGGGUAUGGGAUGUGGAAACAGGGAACUGUUUACAUACCCUGAUUGGUCAUCAGUCAUUGACCAGUGGGCUUGAGCUGAAAGAUAACAUUCUAGUCUCGGGAAAUGCUGACUCUACGGUCAAAGUAUGGGAUAUUACUACAGGCCAGUGUUUACAGACAUUACAGGGUUCAAACAAGCACCAGAGCGCAGUAACUUGUUUACAGUUCAACAAGAAGUUUGUCAUUACCUCAUCUGAUGAUGGUACUGUAAAAAUCUGGGACCUUCGAAGUGGAGAUUUUCUCCGUAAUCUUGUCACACUUGAUAGUGGUGGCAGUGGUGGAGUAGUCUGGAGAGUGCGUUGUAGUAACACUAAACUUGUAUGUGCCGUUGGUAGUCGGAACGGUACAGAAGAAACUAAAUUACUUGUGUUGGAUUUUGAUGUUGAAGAAAAGAAGGAUAAAUUACCCAUCAUUGAAAGAGUGUGAUUAAAUGUCUUGUUUUCUAGGAUGUUUUUAACGACAAAAACACACUUGUAAAGGUGUACUGUGUUUUAAA